AUGAAGAAAUAUACGGCUAGUAAUAGGACUAAAAUACUCUUCCUUUGCUGCGAACUGCUUCUAUUUAUUUGUUUCAUCUGUGUGUUACAGAAUGUUAAUCAUGGCAUACAUUAUAACCCUAGGACCUGUCAACAAAAUGACAAAUCCAGGAACAACUUAAUAAACAGCAGACAAUUAGCUUUACUACAUGGACCUGGCUUUCAUGACCACUGUAGCGAGACCAUUGUGGAAACUCCUAGAUCAACAAAUCCCAAUUCCAUUAAUACAUAUGACUCGUAUUACUCACCAUUCACAUCAUCAUCAUACACCCAUUGUUUCACCAGUGCACCCGGCAGUACCGGUUGUACCGACAGUACCAGGAGUACCGGCAGUGCCGGUUGUACCGACAGUGCCGACAGUAGGGACAGUAGUUGA